AUGACAGACCUGCAAGCGCUGAUCACCAACAUCGAGCUCUGCAGCAGGGCUGAUGGUGUCAGCACCAUCACAUUUCCCACCCUCAAGAAGCUUAGUGUCAGUGAUGUCAUUACUAUUUGGAGCAGUGUAUCUAAGCGUGUUCAGCGACAGCUCCUGAAGGCAAAGACUCGGGCUGUCAAAGUAACAGGACUGGGGACAUUCCGUGUUAAAAAAUGGCUCUCUUUUGAAAAUGGUGAGGUGCACACAUUUCAGAAACCUGAGUUUUCAGUGUCUGUGGAUGUUGCACAGAUCCGUGGGCUGCAACACGCUUCUGUACCUGUUCCUGAGGAGAUCAAGACAGUGUCUGUGAGCUACAAGAUGGUCCAGUCAGACCUCCCCUAUUCUGAGGAAGUUGUGCAGAACUGUAUGCAGGAGACCCUGGGCUUCAUCUACUUCAUCCUAAGAAACAGAGAAGACGUGGACUUAAUUUUAAAGGAUCUUGGCACUCUUGCUAUCCGGGGAACAGAAGUGACAAUGGCAUUUUGCAAAGACUUUUUACUAAGUCUCAACAAGUCUACGUAUGUGGUAGAGAAAAUGCUCACUAGGAGAUGGGUCAUAUUAGACAAAGAAGUUCUUCUGUCUCCAAGCCAUUUUGGCCGUGUCCACCAGUUUCCACAGUUUGAGAUUAGGCCAGUGCCUCGAAGAGUUUAUGUCACAGACAAAGAGACAGUUGCAGAAUUUGAGAGUGCUUUGAGCAGCAUGGGAGGAAGAGGUAAGAAACGACAGUCUGUAUUAGAGCUGUACAGACAAAGAAAACUGGAGGCAUCCAUGGCCAAAAGCAAGGAGAAAGAGAAGAGAACAGCAGGAGGGGUCAUCUUGCCAGAGUUGCCUCAAGAGCAAGCUGAGAGUGAAAGCAACAAGAUGAAGAGAGCCCAGCAGCCCCAGAAGAAAGAAGAUGGUCCCAGCUCCCCAGAAACCACCUUUGACACAGAAGAGCAGCUAAAAGAGGCAGAGGCUUGGAUUCGGGCAAGGAGGCAGUUUCGAACUGAGCUGGAGAGCUUGGGGGACAUGGAAAAAUGGCUGAUUAAUAAACCUUCCCUCAGCCAGCUGGAAAAUAGAUGCUUGCAAAGAAUCCAGGCACAUGAAGCAGACAGCAGGGCUGCUGGCACAUCAGACCAGUUGGACAGCCUGGAUAGCAAAGACAGCCCAGCAGGAUGGAAAGAAAAGUCCAGGAUGGGAAGAUCUGGGACUGGCCCCGUUGGUGAGCACUGCUGGGCAUCAGCUGGAGAGGCAACCUUGGGAGAACUGGUCAGCAGAACCCGCAAGAAUGCUGUCACCUGCUACCUGAAGUGCUCCAAGCUGUGCAAAGAGCUCCAUGUUCCCAUUGCUGACCCAAAGCUGGAGAGAGGUGAAGCAAAGACCAAGGGCCUGCUUUUUAAAAUUCCUUUCCCCUCUUCCACCCUUUUUUUUCAUAGGCAUCUUCAGAGGACUGAGAAGCAAAAGUCAAGCAACAACAAGUUCUGGCCAGGUCAUCUGCUGGACAAGCUCUGCCUUUACUUUCCUGACAAGCAGCAUGACAGGGCACAUGCCUUGUUCAGCUACGUCCCCCCAGCCAGGCCCACCUACCGUGGCAUCUAA